AUGUAUCGUAACAUCAAACUCAAGCGCAAACCUCUUCCCUCCUCCCGUCUCAGGCCAUCAUCUUCAGUCUCCGAUCCCCUCCCCUCUUCCUCACCUCCCAAAGUCCAACCUGUCGACUCAAUCCGUCGCUCCUCCGAGGACUGCCCCAUCUGCAAAGCCAUGCUCGUCAACCGCAACGGCAGCCUAGCGCGUCACAUUAAACGCCAUGCAAAACUCGCCAAAAUCGAGGCUCUGAACAUCGAGAUUGAUCUUCCACGGAUGGACGCCCCUGACUUUGACGUCGAGCUCGCUCAGAAAAUGUGGCAGUCGGUUCCUGCGAGACGUCGCGCAACUGGUGGUGUAUUCCUCGAUGGACCGCUCGCUGGAGAGGGUUUCUUUGAGGGGAUGCCCAGUGUUUUUCUCCCAAAUGGACGGGUCAAGCCGAAGUGGGCGUGGAUUAAGAAGGAUCUUGAUUCGAGAGUUGGACGUGGUCCGUUGAGGGCUCUCAAGAACGCGAAUGCUAACACCGGAUCUGACCUUGAUAAUGAGGAUUACAUGGGGAUCUAG